AGGAAAGGUGGAAAAGACGGACGUAGCGGCGCGGGAAAGUCUUCAUAGUUUUCCUUUUUCCGUGACAGUUACGAGUCCCGGGGUGACCUGGGGGAGUCGAGCGCCAUGGGGAAUGUUGAGACUACCCUGGGGCAGCUGGAGGUCGACCGGGACAAGAGCGAGGUGUACGAGGACUGGAUGAUGGCGCCGGGUGAGCUGGACGGGGCUCAGGUGACGGUGUUCUCAGCCGCACAUCCGUCCUCAUCCCGGAAACGCCCCUACAUAGAGAGGGCGCUGCAGGCCAGCCGAGUGUACCGUCACCCGGGGCUGCUACGGUACCUUGACGGGGGCGUGGUGGGGGGUGAGGUGGUGGUGGUGACGGAGCGCGCCACCCCACUCCGCCACCACACCCUCGACACCUUCUCCCCGCUCCACAUCUCGGCAGGGCUGCAGUCCAUUAUCGAAACCCUUGUCUUCCUGCAUGAUCGGGCCGGGGUUAGCCACAACAACGUGAGCGCCUCCAGCAUCUUUGUGACCCCGGACGGUGCCUGGAAGCUGUGGGGCCUAGAGUACUCCUGCAGCUUUGGCAAGUUGACGAGGGACCACGUGGAGCACACCAACAGUUACUGCCACGAGCGCGCUGUGCCCCCCGAUGACAAGGCCCGCAUCUCCCCCUCCUACCAGCACGCCAGGGACUCCUACGCCUUCGGACACCUGGUGGAGGAUGUGCUCACCGCCGAGGCUCUGACAGAGGUGGGCGGGGCAGCUGACUUCCUCGCCCUGGUAAAGAAGAGCUGCCUGGCCACCGCCCCAACGCAGCGUCCGCGCCUGGCCGAGCUAGCGGAACACUCGGUCUUCAGCCACGCCUUCCUCAAGCUGCACGACACACUCACCAACAUCCUCCUCCUCACCGACCAGAAGAGAGAGGAGUUCCUGACGAGUGUGGCAGACAGCUUGGAGCAGUACCCCGAGGAGCUUGUAUCGAGCACCCUGGCUGGCGCCCUCCUGAGCCGGCCUGUGCUGCUCCACCCCGCCGCUGCCACCCACCUCAUGCCUAGGGUCCUCACGCCUCGCAAUGGUCCUAAAAGGGAGAAAAACAACCACAAUGAAGGAGAAGGUGACGAGACUGGAGAAGGAGGAGGAGAAGGAGUACCAGGAGGAGGAGGAGGAGGAGGAGGAGGAGCUGGCCUAUUCAGCGAGGAGGUGUUCCGUCGCAACAUCGUACCCCAGGUGGUGCGUCUCUUUGGGGUGCACGAUGCCACUGUGAGAGGCACCCUACUGGCACACCUACCCAGCUAUGUGUCGCUUUUACCCAGGGAUGUGCUGGCUGAGGAUGUGUUGCCGGAGCUCCUGUUGGGCAUAAGGGACUCCAGCGAUGCCCUCGUCUCCGCCACCCUGCAUGCCCUGGCCCACCUUGUACCCAUUCUCGGGGCCAGCGUCGUGGUGGGCGAGAACCGGCACAACCUCUUCACCACCGCCAAGCCCAAGGCGGCGGCGCUCCUGCCUCUCACCAAAGGAGUCUCGUCUUCACUGGCCAAGGAACCGCUAGUGAACGGCAUCAAGGUGGUCACCCCCAAGCCACUGCCAACACCUUCCGCCUCCCCCCGAUCACCAGAGCUGACCCCACCUCCACCACCACCACGCUCCAUCUCACUGGCGGGGGCUGAAGCUGCCUCCGACGCCGCCUCGCUGGACAACCUCUCCCUGGACAGCCUGGCGCUCGCCCACAUCCCCGAGAGGAGUUCACCGGACGGCGGCGAGGACAGCACCAACCCUGCCGUCCCCUCCCUCGUGUCCCCGGGCCUUGGCGGCGAGGUGGAGGCCUGGUCGUCGGACUGGGAGGACAUGCAGGAAGGGGUGGGCGAGGUGUUCAAAGGCCCAACUGUUCUGCCGCCUAAGGAUGUGCACAGCGGCUGGAGUGUGAGUCUUGGGGGCGGGGGUGAAAUGGAUGACGUUUUCUCGCAGACAUUACAUCCGGCAACCACAGCACCGAACGACACACCACCACCAACGCAGCACGGUAAGACGUCAUCCGCCCCUCGGCAAAGCUCGGGUAUGAAACUCGUUGGCCUCGGGAAGAAGGAACCACCCACCGCUCCCACCCCCAAACGCCCACCGAGCCUAGGGGAGGAGUUCGAUGUCCUAGCCAUCAAGGUCAACAAGAAGCGUGAUGCCGAGCUUGACCUCUUCGCUGACCUGGCUCCGAGUUUCACCACCAAGAAGUUUGACCUCGAGACUAUGUUAGUGGAGGCCAACUGCCGGGCAAAAGGUGUCCCUCUCGCCCGCACGCCCUCCGUCUCCGAAACCCUCGCUGGUCUCGACACCAAAAUGGGGGAGGAGGCAUGGGGCGACGAGGGUGGGUGGGGUGACCCUCUAGACCUCCCCGAAAUACCAUCCCCCCCAUCGAACACCUCAAACACAUCCUCCCCCGCGAAAUCAAGCACGAACUGGGAAUCUGAGCCAUGGCCAGACCUUACAGGGCCGGAUCUCCCUUCAGAGGCGAACGGUGUGGCCAGGGAUGUGACGCCCAGUGUGCCCCAGAGACCUGUUGUGAAGGACGGCUGGAAUGAUAACUGGGGUGAGGAUUUCUGAGGGGGGGAAGGGCAGGAAGGACGCUGGUAAGGAGAUGAUGAUGAUGAUGGUGAUGAUGCUCGGUGGUGGAGUCGUCUCUCGUCUCGUCUCGUCUCGUCUCACUGUUCUCUCACGGCACAUUCCCUGAAGAGUGAUAUCAUGGGAGUCUUUUUAUGUGAUGCUUCAAGGGCUGGUGUUGUGGGUGUGGUGUCCUUGCGGUGAUAUUGUUUUCAUUUUUUUUUUGUAUAUUUUAAAUUUUUUCUUUUAUAUUUUGUUUUGUCUUUUUAUUUUUCCCUUUCUUUUUUUUGUAUUAUUUUCUUUUUCCUUUUUUUUUCUCUAUUUUUUGUGUUAUUUUAUUUUUCCUUAAUUUUUUUAACCAUUUUCUUUUCCUUUAUUUAUUCUGUAUCAUUUUAGUUUCCCUUUCAUUUUUUUAGAUAAUUUUCUUUUCCCUUCAUUUUUUUGUAUCAUUUUAGUUUCCCUUUAAAUUUUUUGGAUCAUUUUCUUCACCCUUCAUUUUUUAUCCAGUUUUACACCCCACAGCACUGCCCCCGAAGGCUAGUCAGACCCAAUUUUCUACCGUGUAAAUAUGAGAUGCAGUGCCGUGUUUUGUCGUGUUGUUGUCGUUUUAGUGAGUGUUUAUAUAUUUGUUUAGUGAGGAGGGUCGAGAGGGCAUUGAUGGAGCACUGUAGUAGAAGUGGAAGGAGAGACCUAACCUAACCUAACCUAUAGAUCUUGGUCCUUUCCCUUUCCUUUUUUUCCAUUUUUUAAUUUUUUUUUUUAGGUUAGGUUAGGUUAGGUUACUUGACUGGCACAUUGUAGUUGCAGCAGGAGGGACCUAACCCAACCUAACCUAACUUAACCUAACUCAACUUAACCUAACCUAUAGAUCUUGGUCCUCUCCCUUAUAUUUUUUUCUAAUUUUUUAUUUAUUUACUUAUUUUUGUUAGGUUAGGUUAGGUUAGGUUAGGUGUUAAUGCACAAGAACGUGAGUGUGUGUGUGUGUGUAUGUGUGUGUUUUAUGGGUGAAUGACCGGUUGUGAGACAUUAUACAUAUUUAUUGAAGGAGCGUCUGUUUUGGUAGUUUCGCUCUGUCUCGGUGAUGUGCUGCGAGUUAUAGUACAAUAAUGUUCUGGGCGACAUCUCACUCAUAGUCAUUCACGGAUAGGUAGUAGGAUUGAGGGGUCGAUGUGACUGCUCAGAGUUUCAACAUGGCAUCCGAUUCUACUAAAGAGAUUUCUGGGGUUAGUUUCCUCAGAUUUGUUUCUUUAUACUUGAACUUCCAUAUGAACCCUUCAUGUCUAGCUGUGGUACUGGCCCAUAGUGAAGAGUUAGUUGGCCUCUCUCUUUUACUCUUAUAACAAACAGAAAAAAGGAAGAGAAAGAGGAG